UUAUAUAAAAAAGGACAAAAUAAAUCUGUCUAAGUCUAUUUAAAUUUAUCCCUAGAAGGACUGUUUCAGGGUCCUACUUCCAGCGCAGACACAGGUCAGCUGCUGCCUUCUCUCUCCUGCUCGAUUCACCAGAAUCAGAGGAGGCUGCUGUUCUUUCAGGCAGCAGGCUCCUCUGAUCCAACCGUUAGCCUCUGGAGGCUAGCCUUAGCCAGCUGCAGCCGUUAGCCUCUGGAGGCUAGCCUUAGCCANCUGCAGCCGUUAGCCUCUGGAGGCUAGCCUUAGCCAGCUGCAGCCGUUAGCCUCUGGAGGCUAGUCUUAGCCAGCCGCAGCCUGUAACGUUCUCCUUAUUUCUCACCAGGGUUUCAGCCUCAUGAGUCCAGACAGUUGUUUGCUUUCUAGAAAGCCAUGACCUGUGAGGUGAACAUCUUUGUCAUGGUCCCAUUGUUAUUAUCUGAUCUCUUGUUUGAGCAGAUCUCCCAGAGCCUCUUAUUAAGGAGCUUCUGCCUUUUCUGACAGUUUGUCAGCUGGAUGAAGUUAAACCAACCCUCAAUCGCAGAGGGUUUUCCACGUUUCCCAGAUGGUUGGAAGUCCUUCAGCAGCUGGUGGGCUCCAGCCGGGCGUUAGACUUCAGGACGGAGGAGGACGCCAAACACGAGAGCGGCAGCCAGAAGCGUUCGCCAUUUCAUCCUGAUGCCCCCCAUCCAUGAGGCCCUUCAGACGCUGACCUCUGAUGGGCAGCACCUGCUGGCGCUGUUGGAGAAGAACAUCAGGAGCGUCCAUGUCAGCAGCCUGUGUCUGACGGACAGGAGAACCCAGGCAGCGCUGUACGUCCUCCACCGCCUGCUGGACCACGGCCUCUCUACCCACCUGAUGCUGAGCGUCCACUGUCCGCUGGGGUUGGCCUGGCUCCUGCAGGGACGCGGAUCCCGGUACCAGGACCCGGAGCUGGACCAACGCAUGUGCUGCGGUGGUUCUGCCAAGGCAGACCGGAUCCACGAGGGUCCAGGUGCUGAACCCACAGAUUCAGACGCUCAGAGGGAUCCCGUCUCUUCAUGCAAGCGAGCCAAGAUGGAGGAGGACCAAGCUCCAGCGCCCAGCUUUGAUGUCAGCCCUCAGCUUCUCUGCCGGACCUUCAGUCCAUGUGACGCCGCCUCAGCCGGAGCGUGUCCGUUUGGACGCAUCACCCGUCUGGAGAUCAGAAGCUGCGGAUGGGAUUCUCUCAGGGUCCUGAGUUUCUACCUGCCCACGUUUUUCUGCCUUCAGUCGUUAACUCUUCACAGCACAGCCAUCUUCAGGGAGCCCCAGGUGUCGGCCUUUGCUGCUGCUCUCAAGCAGCUCUCAGACGCCUCAUGCAGCGGCCUUGUUCACCUGAACAUGGGCAUCCUGCCAUGCAUCGGACUCCUGAAGACCCUGCUGACGGCCGGCCCCCGGCUGCAGGCCCUCUGUGUGGAGUUCCAGGAGGCCCUCUGGGGCCCACAGUGUCUCCUGGAUCACGCUGAGCCUCACAUGGCAGAUCUUCCUCUGGAGAAGCUGACUGUGAAAGUCAGCCAGCUGCAGACAGAUGCUGACUUCCUGACCUCUGUGCUGAGGCGCUGCCCCCGCCUGACCUGGCUCCACGUGGCAGGAAUCAGACUCCCCACAGGUUCCAGUCAGAGCGGGCUCCUCAGAACGCUGUCAGAGUAUAAUCGCUGUUUGAAGGUUCUGAUCCUGGAGGACAUCAAGCUGUGUGACUGUCUGCCUGACGUCCUGAAGCUGCUGAGAGGCUGCAGGUUGGAAGAGCUGCGCCUCACUGACUGUCGUCUUCUGGAGAAGUGUGGAGACCCAGGAGGAAGCCUUGUAGAGCUGGUGUCGGCGCUGAAGAUCCCGUCCCUCCAUAGCCUGGGUCUGGCCCAGAACCGACUUGCUAAGAAUGUGUGCGAGCUGGCAGAGCUGUUCUGUGGAGCGUCCCAGAGCUCACUGAGGCUGCUGGACAUCAGGUCCAAUUUUAUUCAGCCUGCUGACCUGCUACGGUUCGCUGACAGACUGAGGGUUCAUCGCCCCCCCCACAGACUGACCCUUGACCUGAGGAAGAACCCGGGAGACCGAGACCCUGAGACAUGGAGCGCCGCGCUGCAGAGCCUUCAGCCUUUCAGUCAUCCGCUGGUGGAAGGCUGGUCGUCCACCGACACCAUGGCGGACCACGUUAGCAACAUGUGAGGGAGGGGGGAGCUUCCCAGGAAAAAAACAUCAUUCCAUGUUUGUUUUGACAUUUGAAUGUUUCUUUAUUAAAGCCACGUCUGUUAGAGCCUCUGACACGCGUGUUUGUGACAGUAAGGUGACAUGUUAGACAACAAGCAUCGACACAACCAGCAGCUCAUCCUACGUACAAAGCAAGUAGA